GGUUCACGCUAGAGUAGGACUUUUAUUUUGAAAUGAAAUGUACUUCCAACUGGCGGGAAACUAAGGACCUGACAAAUGAGAAGGUCUACAGAACAGGAAGAAUAAGGUGUUUGUGAGUCCUGACAGAGGGGUCAGAUAAAGAAUGGUUCAAAUAGUCAUCUCGAGUAAUGCUGGUGAAGGUCCAGCUGAAUGGCUGCUGGUGGAGCUGCAGGGAGAAAUGGUGUCCAGACAGAAUACUGGACUAGCAGGAAAUCUGAUGGGGGAUCUGCACUACACUAAAGAGGGAGUACCAGUCCUUAUAGUCGGACAUCACAUCCUCUAUGGAAAACAGGUCAAACUGGAGAAGCCCUUUGCUGUUUUAAUGAAACACUCUGGACUCCCUCAGGAUGCAGAGGAAACCAUGGAAACCAACCAAGAGAAACCAACAUCUUACACUGUCUCCGCCCUCAUCAAAAAGAAGCUCAUCUUUAAAACCCGACCCAAACCUAUCAUCACUAAUGUGCCGAAGAAAGUAUAACUUGUGUCCAGAUAUGAGAGACUGAUUGAUCAGCACAGGAUUCUAGGUUUGUAACAGUAUGUGGUUUGGAAUGGUGGAUUAGUAUCUUAGUACAUUUGUUUACAUUGUUGUAUUGUUGUGUGUUUAUUGACAGUAAUAGUAUACAAAUAUGAAUAUUGUAAGUAUGAAAUUGUAUAUAAUAGGCUUCAAGUGAAUUUGAAAAUGAAAAAAAAGACUGCUCAAAAAAUGCUCACUCUUGAAUUGAAGUUUAUUGUAUCAAAACAUCAGUUACAAUUGUUUGCAAAAACAAUUAUAAGGGAAAUGUCAAACUUUAAAGAAUCCCUUCUUACAUACAGCAAAAUGUACAUAAUUACAUAAAACAAAUGUGUAAAAUUCAUGUGAGGUUAAAAGACCAUGAUGUCUAUUUCUAGGUAUUGUCCACAUGUAGAAGUACAGGUUAGCUGUGACACCCAGACUAAAUGCUGCCAUUUCAUCAACACUUGAGUAGUAGACAUAAGCUGCCAGUGGCAAUCUGUAAAACAACUGCAUUUUUGUUAAAAACGUGUAACCUCUCCCAUUAUGGAUUAUGAAUACUGCAAUUUAUAAUUCCCUAAUCUGUACAGUGUUAUGAAAAUAAUUUAACAUGUUUCCCAUAAAAUAAAGUUUCCUAGGAAAAUGCA